AUGACUUCGGCUACCGACAAUGAAUAUUACGAGGGCGCAAUGGAGACGGACGAUGCACAUGGAGGUGGAGGUGCAAGUGAGAGCAAUCCUCGGCCGAAGAGAAUGGCAUGCAUUCUGUGCAGAAAGAGAAAGCUGAAAUGCGAUGGGCACAAACCGAGCUGCGGGACUUGCGCUAGACUCAGUCACGAUUGCGAGUACUCCGAAGAACGGAAGAAGAGCGGUCCAAAACGAGGCUACGUCAAACUGCUGGAGGCACGUCUCAAGCAAGUCGAGAAUCUCCUGGAGUCGAGAGAAACGCCCAGGGAGGCUGGUCCUUCUACUGCGCAGACCUCGACCGCCCCGGAAACUUAUGUCUCUGGCCCUUCAAUACCGCCAAUAGAUAUUCCAGCCUUUGGAGAUGCUUCCAUGCCGGACUUGAUCCCAGACGACAACUAUACAGAUCCUCCGCUGGGAGGGAUCAACAACCUCACACUCAACGCCGGAGACGACUUUACUUGGGAGAUGAUAGGUCUCGGACUGGAGGAGGCACUGCCGGCACGCGAGGUUAUGGAUGAGCUGAAUGAGAUCUACUUUGAGAAGGUCCAUCCAUCGUUACCGAUGAUCCACAAGGCAAGAUUCCUCGCUUCGAUGGAUCUUGCCCCUCUUGCUCGCCCAGCGCCCAGCCUCAGGUAUGCCAUGUGGACGAAUGUGUGCGCGAUGACCCCCAAAUAUUCUGUUUAUGCCGAGCAUUUCUACAAGAGAGCACACAAAUAUGCCCAGAUGGAUGAAAUGCGAGGGCACGGGGAAAGCAUGAUCACCAUCGCUCAUUGUCAAGCCUGGACGCUGCUGGCCUCCUAUGAGUUCAAACACAUGUAUUUCCCGAGGGCUUGGAUGAGUGUCGGAAAAGCGGCCAGGUUGGCCCAGAUGAUGGGUCUACAUCGACAAGACCGUGUCGGGCUCGACGUCAAACAGACACUGCCGCCUCCCCGGGACUGGACGGAUCGAGAGGAACGGCGACGGACCUUUUGGGCGGCUUAUUGUCAGGAUCGCUAUGCCUCGGUAGGCACGGGGUGGCCUAUGGUUAUCGACGAACAAGAUAUUCUCACCAACUUGCCUGCCAGCGACAAGGCUUUCAAUUCAGGUCAACCAGAGCCCACACCUCAGCUGUCAGACAUCUUAAACGGAGAAGGAGCCUCUUCACUCUCGCCAUUCGGCGGUAUCAUUCUGUUGGCGACCCUCUAUGGCCGCAAUCUCACCCAUCUGCAUCGUCCGGACCAACAAGACAAGGAUUAUGAUCUCAAUGGCGCUUUCUGGAAACGCCAUCGUUUCCUGGAUAACAUUCUCCUAAACACUUCAUUGUCACUACCUUCGCAUCUUCGCUUGCCAGCAGGUCUGAACGAUCCCAAUACUGUGUUCCUCAAUAUGAAUAUCCACACCGCCACUAUAUGUUUACAUCAGGCUGCUAUAUUCAAGGCCGACCACAACCGACUGCCCGCUCAGAUUAGUGCCGAAUCGAAGCGUCGAUGCAUUGUCGCGGCCGACCAGAUCACCAACAUAAUGAAGAUGAUCAGUCACAUCGACUUGUCUAUGAUGAAUCCGUUCCUUGCAUUCUGUCUUUACGUCGCUGCCCGAGUUUUCGUACAGUAUCUCAAGGCGCGAAGGGAGGAUGCAGCUGUCAAAUCGUCGUUACAUUUCUUGCUCUCUGCCAUGAAUAUCCUCAAAGCCAAGAAUCCCCUUACAGAGUCCUUCUUGGUCCAGCUCGAUGUCGAUCUGGAAGGGAGUGGCCUCGAUGUCCCCAACAGUGGUUCCCGCUGGAAGUUUGGACACCGACCUCCUGGAGAAGUACCAGCCAACACCGAUGGAGUGAAAUGCACACCAAUAUUCGAAAUACGCCAGACUCAGAAUGCAAGCGAUACGCAAGGCAGUACUGCUUGGCCGGGCGACAAAAGCAUCAACCCGUCACCCUUCAAUGGUACGUAUCCAAGUUUGUAUGCUUCCUCCGAAUCAGGCAAGAGCAACCGCAACGGUCAGGCAGGCUUGGUGCCAAUGGGUGACGGGUUCGACGUCAUUUACGAUUUUCCCGUGCAAUCGGUCGGCACAGAUACCUCCCCGGAGAACUCUCAUCAAGAUAGCUCAGGCUCGAGACCUCACUCCAACCAGCCCACCCCGUCAUCGUCAUCUCAGCACAACUCGUCGCGGACAUCCCACACCUCACCCCCCAACCAGUCUUUUGGGGUGAGUGGUGCCAACGACGCACAGCAACAGCAAUCACCAGGGUUUGGUCUAGCCACCACUGACACUUGGGGUGCCAUGAAUGCCCCAAAUCAGUCAAAUGAAGGGGUGAUGGGCGAAGUGCAAGACCUGGAUUUUGGCCCUACAGGCAUGACACCAGUCCCGGAUUCAAUGUGGCCGACAGGCGGCGUGGGUGAGGCCAACGACUGGAUGUACAAUUGGCCGGGGUCGACGCCACAACCUCAAUGA